GGAAUAAAAAGGAAAUAAUAAAAACUUCGCCAGAACCUACAUUUAAUAAAGAACAACAUAUGGGUCAGCUCACUGAGGAAUUGUUAUGUAAAAUUUGUCAUGAGCAAUUUUCUCUGAAGGAUGAUUUACAAACACACUACCAUAAAGUGCAUAAUAAACCCUACCCGUGCUAUAUUUGUAUUAAGACGUACUCAAAUAUGAAAAGUUUGAAGAUUCAAUCCAAUGGAAGUAAAACAGGAACCAAGCGAUUUUUCGGAAGAAUACAUGAUCCAACAAGAAAGUAUUGAAUUCUCUCAUAUUGAAUUUCCUGAUACAGUUAAACAUGAGAUAUCGGAAGAUUUACUGAAUGCAGAUUUAGCUAAUACAGAUACAAAUAAUUAUUUUGCUGAUAGCAACACUUUGGAGAAAGUACGCACGGAUGUUGGUGUUGACGACAUCAAAUUAGAGGAGGAGGAGGAUAAGGCUGAAAAAGUAACUGUUCAAAAUGGUAUUGUACAAAAAGAUGAAAUUCAGGAAGAAUUUAACAAAUAUGAGCAAAUCCAUAUAGAGAAUCAACUUUUUCUUGAAGACUUUAGUAAAGAACCAAGAGGAGCAUAUUAUUCAGAUAACUUGAAGAAAAGAAAGGGGCCCCCAAAAAAGUACGAAAACGAAGAGGAAAGAAAAGCAGCUAGACUUCUUGCGGCAAAAGAAGGGGCUAGACGACGUCGGGCGAACCAAUCUGAUGAGGAUCGAGCAAAGAUGGCUGCAUAUAAACGUGAACGUCGAGCAAUCAUCAAGCAAAAUGAAGCACAAGAUCAAGCAAUGCGUCAACGGGAACUAGAAUAUCGCCGAAAGCAACGUGCUCAAGCUACUACAGAACAAAUCUUGGCAAGACGUAUACGGGACGCUGAAGCCCGGCGUCUUCGGCGUGCAAAUGAAACUGAGGAGCAAGCUGAAGCGAGACGAGCGCGCGAAUCUGAAGCCCGUCGUAUACGGCGCGCAAAUGAAAGCGAAGAGAAAAAAGAAGCAAGACGGAGGCGUGAUAAUGACGCACGUCGUUUGAGUCGAAAACUCAUAACUAAUAGCGAAGCCCGACCUUUUGUAUCCAUAUUAAAGACUUUACUAGUUUAUAAAUUAGUUGACUAGAAGAUAAAGCUAGCCGUGUAAAACACGUUUUGAUGUUUUGCUACAAGGUUAUUUGAAACGAGGAUGGUUACUGGUAAAAAAUGUCGUAGUACUACAUGUACAUAAUUGUGUGACGUGGACACUAUCGAAUAGAAGCUAAGAACGGGCUCAAUUCUGGGUAUCUCUAAACUCCGGUUUCAACAUCCGUUUUUAUCCGGUUUUACCGAUAUAAGCGAGGCUCUGUCAGAAGUGACCAUCCAUUACCGAACUUCUUGUGGAACAAGAUGUUCUGUUGCAUUUCGACGGCGAAAGGCAGGACCUCGUAACUGAAAACUUUUCAUAAAAUGAGUUACUUCGGUUUUCGCUUUAAAAUAAAUGUAGCGGCACCUAUUAACCAGCGGUUAAAGCUGGGAAAAUCUCCGGACGGACUUAAAUUACAGAAAACGCUACUGCUCAACAUAAGACGAUACGCCCUAAAUGAAAAAUGAUUCGGUUUUUUUGGUCUCCUGUAAAUUCGUCAUCUUGCCACUUACGAGUUCCUGCCUUUCCGCCGUCAAUUUGUAAAUUCUUCAAUGUGCCUUGUCUGUUGCGGACGUUGGCUAUCAUCGUAGCAAUUUUAAUUUUGUUUGAUGCGUUUCUGAAUAACUCGAUCGAUGUUAAUCCAAACCAUUGACGUAAGUUUUGAAGCCAUGAGUGUCUUCUUCUUCCAGGUCCACGUUUGCUCUCUAUUUUUCCCUGUAUUAUCAAUUGUUGUAUACGAUAUUUGUCAUUUCUCAUAAUAUGACCGAGGUAUUCAAGUUUCCGUUCCUUAAUUGCGAAACAAGUUUCUUUGUUGAAAAACAUUCGUGAAUGGACUCAGAUAUCAAAUGCAGGACUAUUAUUCCAUAUUGCAAAAGAUCGAGAAACCUUCGCAAUGUUGAUCGCCAACGUAGGAUAAUAAUUCUGAUAUGACACGUGAAAAAGAUUUCUUUUUGUUUUUCAUUCGGCGCAAUUUACAGAUAACUCGUAGAAAAGAAAACAAGAAAGAAAAGCCGCUAGACUAGAAGCGACCAAACAACGUCGUUCAAGGGCGUCAUUUGAUAGGGCCAUCCUCCUGACCCUGAAAAUGACUGAAAUUUACAAAAAAUACAUCAAUUUUCAUCAUUACAACAUAUGUAUAAUGUAAUGUAUUGUAUAUAUUAUAAUGCUUGCCCCCCCCCCCCAAUCAAAAUUUCAAAUGACGCCCCUGACGUCGGGCGAACUAACCUGAUGAGGAUCGAGCAAAGAUUGCAGCAAAUAAACGUGAACGUCGAGCAAACAUCAAGCAAAAUGAAGUAGAAGAUCGUGCAAUGCGUCAACGAGAAGUAGAGUACCGCCUAAAGCUACUACAGAACAACUAUUGGCAAGACGUAUACGGGAUGCUGAAGCCCGGCGUCUUCGGCGUGCAAAUGAAACUGAGGAGCAAGCUGAAGCGAGACGAGCGCGCGAAUCUGAAGCCCGUCGUAUACGGCGCGCAAAUGAAAGCGAAGAGAAAAAAGAAGCAAGACGGAGGCGUGAUAAUGAAGCACGUCGUUUGAGUCGAAAACUCAUAACUAAUAGCGAAGCCCGACCUUUUGUAUCCAUAUUAAAGACUUUACUAGUCUAUAAAUUAGUUGACUAGAAGAUAAAGCUAGUCGUGUAAAACACGUUUUGAUGUUUUCUUACAAGGUUAUUUGAAACGAGGAUGGUUACUGGUGAAAAACGUCGUAGCACUACAUGUACAUAAUUGUGUGACGUGAACACUAUCGAGUAGAAGCUAAGAACGGGUUCAAUUCUGGGUAUCGCUAAACUCCGGUUUCAACAUCCGUUUUUAUCCGGUUUUACCGAUAUAAGUGAGGCUCUGUCAGAAGUGACCAUCCACUACCGAACUUCUUGUGGAACAAGAUGUUCUGUUGCAUUUCGACGGCGGAAAGGCAGGACCUCGUAACUGAAAAAUUUUCAUAAAAUGAGUUUCUUCGGUUUUCGCUUUAAAAUAAAUGUAGCGGCACCUAUUAACCAGCGGUUAAAGCUGGGAAAAUCUCCGGACGGCUUUAAGAUUACAGUUAAUUACAGUUACAGAUUAAGAUUACCGUUUAAAUUACAGAAAACGGUACUACUCAACAUAAGAAGAUACGGUUUUUUUGGUCUCCUGUAACAUCAUCAUCUUGCCACUUAUGAGUUCCUGCCUUUCCGCCGUCGACUUGUAAAGUGCAAUUCUUCAAUGUGUCUUGUCCGUUACGGACGUUGGCUAUCAUCAUAGCAAUUUUAAUUUUGUUUGCGGCGUUUCUGAAUAACUCGAUCGAUGUUAGUCCAAACCAUUGGCGUAAGUUUUGAAGCCAUGAGUAUCUUCUUCUUCCGGGUCCGCGUUUGCUCUCUAUUUUUCCCUGUAUUAUCAAUUGUAGUGUUCCGAUUGUGGGUAUUAACGGAAUCAAUUAAAAAUAAGUGUAAACAACGGAGAGUAAUAUUUAUUUUAUUUUUCGUUAAAAAGCUUGCUUAUUCUUCUCGUAAGAGGGUUGUUUAUUGUUUGAGGGCAGCGAAGGGGCGUCUGAACUGCCUGCCUGCCGUGACGAUACUGAAGAGACCACAACACGGUCAUCAUGUUUGGGGUUUUACAAUAUGGCUAGAAAAGGCAAUAAAUUACUACAUCUGGCGUUUUAAAAGCUCAGAACCUUUCUGUAGUUUUAAGAAACGUCUUCGAAUGCAUUUCCAAAGUGCGUUAUUGACAUAAGGUCUGAUAAGGUAAUUAAUUUAUGGGGAAUUCAGUUUGUUAAACUGAACACACCAAAAACAUAUGGUUAGGGAUACAUUUCGUUUCGUAAAACUUCUUAGCAUCCGGUUUGUAUAUUAAAUGUUAAUUUUAUAUGACCGUUUUGAGAAAAGUUAUUAAAAAAUAAAACUAAAAAUAGUAAUUAAAGCGUGUCGCCACACACCCCCAUUCGAGAGAAUAAGACGAUCGAUAAUACAUAUUAUAUACAUAUCACGAAAAUUUAAAAUAACAGAAAACACAACGCAAUGUUUAUACGAGGAAAAAAAUCAGUGAUUUCACUGAAAUUCACAAAAUAUAUUCAAGGAAUCACAUUACAUGUCAGAUUUUAUAUGUAGGUUAUGUAGAUUUUUGUAAUGAGGAUUAAUUAAGCACCUCGUUGAUAAAAUUGAAUAUGUAUUUUGGUAGUAGAGUACUAAAUAAAGAUACUUAAUAAAAAGACAA